AUGAGUCGAGGAGGUUUUGACAGGAGUAAAGAUGAUGGUUUCCACCGUUCAGGACAGUCUGAGAACAAAGGUACUGGAAAUGGCCAUACACGGGGCGCAGAUGCUCUCCAUGCUCAUACCACUGCUUCUACUGCUUCUAAACCAGAAGCACAACACAACACUCCGCAAAAUGUAAGUAACUUUAGGCGAAACGGAAAUGGUGUCAAUGGUUCAAAUAAUUUGGUGUUAACAGAUGCCAAAGCUGCUAGCCCGAGCAACAACAUCCUAGCCCAGAAUACAGUGCAGCCUGAGAUUUCAGCAGAGGAGAAGAGGAGGUUGAGGCAGGAGAAACUUGCUGCUUGGAAGAAGAAGAAGAAGGAAGAAGAAGAUGCGGCAGAGAAGAAAACAAGAGAAGCCAGUUUGCCAGCUAAGAAGACGUUUUCCCUGAAAAGCUCGGUCGUUGGAAGACCUCCUGUACGGAAGUUUGGUAUGGUCAAGAAGAGCCUUUCCAAAAACGCAUUUGGACAAGAUGGCGAAGAAGAAGGCCCUGAAUCAAGAUUAUCACGGUCCAUGUCACCCUUUUCCAAAACAGCCGCCAUGGAAGAGAAGCCAUCAGCGGAAGAUGAUGAGCUGGAAUCAUUCAUGUCUGGAUUGAAAGAGGAUGAGAAAAGCAGAGAUUCGGGCGACAUAGACAUGGAGGAUGCGUACGAGAUUGACGAUCACGUUGAGGAACAUGAUUUAGAAGAGCAAGAUCCACAGAAACUCAUGAAAGAGCUGGCCGAGAAGAGCCGCAAGGACAUACCAGAGUUGGCAGCCAGUACUGAGCCCUUUAAAAAAGACUUUUACAGAGAAUCGAGUUUUGUAACCGGCCUUACCGAUGAGGAAGUUGCAAGUUUGAGACUUACAGACGGGAUAACAGUUAGAGGAAAGUCUGCUGUAAGACCGAUUCUGACAUGGUCUCAGCUGGGAUUGCCUACCCAGCUGUCCUCUGUCCUAGAGGAACAGGGGUUUGACUCGCCAACUCCUAUUCAGUGUGAAGCUCUUCCGAAUAUUAUGAAAGGAAACGAUCUGAUUGGAAUAGCAAAAACGGGGUCCGGUAAAACCUUGGCUUUCCUACUCCCUCUCUUCAGACAGAUUAUCGAUCAGAGACCGUUGAGGUCUGGUGAGGGCCCGCUUGCCAUUCUCAUGACUCCAACCAGAGAGCUGGCGAUUCAGAUAUUCAAGGAGUGUAAGCCAUUCCUGAAGAAUCUCAACCUCAAAGGUUGUUGUGCAUACGGUGGUGCUCCUAUCAGUCAGCAAAUUUCUGAGAUGAAGAAACAACCUGAGGUGGUUGUUUGCACACCAGGCAGAAUGAUAGACUUGCUUACUGCUAACGGUGGAAGGGUGACUAACAUGGCCAGAGUAACUUAUUUGGUCCUUGAUGAGGCUGAUCGUAUGUUCGAUAUGGGGUUUGAGCCCCAGGUGAUGAAGAUCAUCAAGAGAACGAGGGAUGACAGGCAAACUGUCCUUUUCUCUGCGACUUUUCCGGCUCGCAUGGAGGCGUUGGCCAAGAAGGUUCUUCAAAAACCGGUGGAAAUUCUGGUGGGGAGUAAAAGUGUUGUUUCUGAUACUAUCGAGCAAAUAGUGGAAGUCACUCAAAAUGAUGACAAGUUUGCCAAAACUCUCAAAAUCCUUGGAGACUUCAGAAACAGAGACCCAGAUGGAAAAGUGCUCAUUUUUGUGGAUAGACAGGAUGGAGCCGACUUCUUGUACUCGAAAUUGCUUGAAAGAGGCUAUCCAUGUCUGUCACUGCAUGGAGGUAAGACUCAAACAGACCGUGGAGCUACAAUUGACGAGUUCAAAAGCGGUAAAGUUGAUGUUCUAAUUGCAACCUCAGUGGCUGCGAGAGGAUUAGAUGUCAAGGGUCUGAAUUUGGUCAUCAAUUACGAUGCUCCUACUCAUAUGGAAGACUAUGUUCACCGUGUCGGGCGGACCGGCAGGGCAGGAAAUAAGGGUAGGGCAUAUACUUUCGUCACACCCGACCAGGACAGAUUCGCAUCUGAUAUUGCACGUGCUCUCGAGCUAAGUCAUCAGAUUGUUCCGGCCAGUAUCCAGGAACUCGCGGACCAGUUCAGACAGAAGGUGAAAGCUGGAAAAGAGAAGUUUAGUUCUGGAUUUGGAGGAAAAGGUCUGGAAAAGCUCGAGCAAAUCCGUAUCAAUAACCGGAACAUGGAAAGAAAAGCUUUCCAGGAUGAGAACGAUGAAAUAAUUCCAGUUCAGGAGAAGCAAGCGGACCCGGGAGAAACCACCGCAGCCGAGCCUGCAUUAACAGUCUCUGCCGAAGGAGAUUACAAGGUGGUUCCAUCAACAGAAAAUGCCAACGAGUUCCAGGCUAAAAUUCCUCUCAACGAUCUUCCGUCAAAAGUCAGAUGGCACGUUACCAACAGAGAUAGCAUGUCGAGGGUAAUUGAAAUGUCUGGCACUUCGAUCACGACUAAGGGUAGAUACUACCCUCCAGGAAAAGGCCCAACCACCGAGAAGGAUGAUCCCAAGCUGUACCUGUUGAUAGAGGGCCAGACCGAACUCGCUGUUAGCAAAGCUGUGAGUCUUUUACGCGAGUCCAUGAUAACGGAGUUGAAUGCAGCCGCUAAAGAAGACCACAAAGGAGGAAAGUACACGAUCACAUAA